CGACUGGAAUAUGAACAUUUGGAUUUUGCGCCAACGAUCUGUCGAAAAAGGGUUGGCUUAGAAUGCAAUUCGGAUACGGGAUGCCUUUCUUUGGAUUAAAUACAAAUCCCUUCCGUUGGGUUCAAUUGUUUUAUCGAAUCAUACCAUGCAGUCAGUGUGAUUGCUUCGUGGCGAUCAUAUAUCUCCAUGCCAUUCUCAGCUUUUUUGGACUUUUAUUAUCAGCACCUGUACUUCAAAGUCCGGCACCACAGAGCUAUUUGGGAUCUUUGGUGUGCUAAUGGGUUUAUUCGUCCUUUGAACAAUUCUAAUUUACUAGUAUGGUAAAAGAAUUCGGAUCACAACCCAGCACAUGUUUCCCGAAAAUCCCGAAAGCGGAUAGGCUGAUCAUACAUUUUGAGAGCAUUGGUUGGUAGUCACUAUUAUGAAAUCUAGCCGAUGUUUAGCGUAAAUCCAAGGUUUUACAGAUUA